GUUUCGCAGAUUAAAUAAAUUAUCGCAAGUGUCGUCAGUUGUUCAAGGCCCGUACAUCGUUCAACAAGUGCGUCAUAUGUUCUACUGCGUUCGACGUACUAUUUCCACAGAGCAAAAUGGCUGAUGAUUAUGAUAUUGUAACGGCUAAAGGAGAAGAAGUCGAAAGAAUUGCCGAAUUCUUACGUCAGCAUUUCUAUAAGCAUUCUCCGGUCAACCUGGCCGCUGGAGCCACGGCUGACAGGCAGGUGGAGGACAUGUAUCCGCUCCAGUUCCUGGCACAAGGGACGUCUCUCCUGGCUGUAUCGCGAGGCGGAAGACAAAUCCUCGGUGCGGCCAUCAACGGGGAAAACAGACCAACCGACGAAACUCAGAACGAAUUUCUUAAGUCCGCCAGAAACGAAAAGAUUGCUGAAAUCUACAGAUUUGUUGAUAAAAUUGAAAAGGCCUUUGAUAUCUGGCAUUUUACGGGGGUAGAUCGUGCGUUGUACACUCACAUACUGGGGGUACACCCUUCUGCAAGAGGCCAGGGGAUCGGGAAGGCUCUGAUGUUAAAAACCCGAGACAAGGCGCGUUCUUUGGGGUAUCCACUACUUCGCAUCCUCUGUACGAACGUGAACAGCAUAAAAAUUGCUCGCGACAUGGGAAUGCGCAGUGUCUACACUUUGCCUUUCUCAGAGUACAAAGACGAGCAAGGACACCCUGUAUUUAAAAUACCAUACCCUCACACAGAGGCGGUGAUGUUCGUUCAGAAACUCGAACCUGCAAUUUGAUAAUAAUUUACCUUCGUCUUCGAGAAAUUCUCUCUCGUCGUACAUAUUUCACCUUGCAGCAAAUAUGUUGUGCUUGAAUUUAGCAUAAAGAUUGCAUAAAAUAUUUCAUUAGAAUCAUAGUAAAAGAAUGAGAUGUAUGUCUACAACAGUUGAGUCUGAACCCACUUCAUCUUCCUGCAGUAUUUUCAUACAAUUGGAAAAAAAAAAAUUCCAUUCUUUGCUUGUGUAUGCUCUCUUAUGUUCUGAAGCACGUUUAUCCAUUACAACAGCAUAACCACUAAAGUAGUUGAGCCUGGGGGACCAGGGUAGCGUCCCAGUGAAAUUUUAAGUGCUGGGACGACACCUUAGCACGAAUUUUAAAGGCGACAAUACCAAAUAUACGUCGUACAGUCUAGAGGCAAGGGUGGCUGUGGGGUCACCCCCACACACACACACACACACACUCAAGAUAAACGGAGACAGCAUGUCCUAGAAAUAUAUAAGAUAAUAUAUAAUGUAAAAUUCAUAAAGUAUCAUUAAAAGUCCCCGAAUUAUA